AAAUUACUGAUUUCAAAUGGUAUAAUUACAAAUGAUGAUGCUUCAUCUGAAGGAGAUAUCUAUAUAGAAAAUGGGAUUAUUGAAAAAAUUGGUAAGAAUCUAAAAGUGUCUUCAGAUACAAGAAUCAUAGAUGCCAAUGGAAAUUAUGUAAUUCCAGGGGGUAUUGAUCCUCAUACUCAUUUCCAGUUCCCAUUUAUGGGAUCAGUAACUAUUGAUGAUUUUUAUUCUGGAACACGAGCAGCAUUGGCAGGAGGCACUACUAUGAUUAUGGAUUUUGUAGCAGAGAAGGAUGCUUCUUUGUUGGAUAGCUACAAAAAAUGGAGAGGUUGGGCUGAUGACAAAGUUUGUUGUGAUUAUGGUCUUCAUGUUGCUGUUGCUUCAUGGUCAGACCAAGUUGCAAAGGAAAUGGAAAUACUAACUAAAGAGAAAGGUAUUUUGUAA